CAAUGACAGGGGGACAAACAGUCUCAUUAUGUAACAACCUACUUCACACAGGGUAGACUUAACCUAAUGAUUUUUGUACCGUAAGAUGAGUUAUGGGCUUAGAUGCCUUUAAAAGAAGAUCAGAGGAUGUGUCUUAUCAGUUACUAUUAAGUGUGACAGCUAAAUGGCAUCUCCAUGUUUAGAAACUGGAUAGCCCAAAUACCAGUUUGUAAGUGGGGAAUGUGAAAAUGUGCAAUUGGCAUUGUUGUAUGUUUGUGACCAACAGGAGAUUGGUAUGAGAAACAUAAGUUGGAAUAGAUAGACCUGUUUAGACCAGCAGUGCUCUUAUAUUUGGAUUAAUUUUUAUAGAGAAUUUGUUCCCUACUUUCUAUUUGACAUAAUUUGUUAUUAUUAUUUAUUGUGAUACUAUUUAAAUGCUUCUUAAAUUAAAAUGCAAUGCCUUAAAUAUCCGAUCUCCACUGUUUGUACUUAUAGGCCAUUCUGUUUGAGGAACAAAUGGUACAUUUCUGUGUAGUUUGAUUAAAACUUAACAAUGCCAAUUGAGCAUAGUUUCUUUUCCUAAAAUCUGUAUGUUUUUGGGACAUAACAUUGGGAUAUUCCCAUUCCCUACUAAGGUGUUAGGAGUUUCUGAAGCUGUACCUGGGCAGGAAUACCCUUGGAAACUUCUUUAAAAUAUGGGCCUGAAUAGUCUAUUUCAUCUCUUACAGGUACGUUAUAGGGAGGAUGGACAGCUGUAUGCUGUGAAGCGUUCUGUGGAGCUGUUUCGAGGUGAGGGUGACAGGCAGCGGAAAUUGGCAGAGGUGCGCAAACAUGAACGUGUAGGGCACCAUCCCAACUGUGUGAGCUUUAUACAAGCCUGGGAGGAGCGCGGUCAGCUCUACAUCCAGACAGAGUUGUGCCCAGGCAGUCUGCUGCAAUACUGUGAGAAGUAUGGGCCACUACCUGAAUGGCAGGUGCGGGCCUUCCUCUGGGAUUUGCUGCAGGGAUUGCACCACCUACAUGGCCGCAAUCUUUUGCACAUGGAUGUCAAGCCAGCUAACAUCUUCCUCUCAUCUAGCAAUGUCUGUAAACUGGGUGACUUUGGGCUCAUGCUGGAGCUGGACUGUGGAGAUCUCAGUGAUGCUCAAGAAGGGGAUCCCCGUUAUAUGGCCCCUGAGUUGCUCCGUGGAGAAUACACCAAGGCUGCUGACAUCUUCAGUCUUGGCAUAACCAUUUUAGAGAUUGCCUGCAACAUGGAGCUCCCCAAUGGAGGUGAAGGAUGGCAGCAGCUGCGACAGGGUUAUCUGCCCCCUGAGUUCACUGCAGAUCUUUCUUCUGAACUGCGGACACUUCUGGCUGCCAUGUUGGAACCCAGCCCUCUUCUCCGACCCUCAGUUGAGACACUGCUUGCUUCCAGCCUCAUGCAAAAGACAGCAAGAUGGCGGAAGUUGAUGCUUCUGGCACAAUCUGGGAUCCAGCGGGGAGUUUCCAUGUGCAAAACUCUCCUUAGGUUCAUGCAGUGGGUCUGGGAGACUGUAUGCAGCCCAGCUCACUGGCUGCUGUUCUGGCAUCAGAAUGUUCCAGUUACACCUCCACAUUCACCCCUUGUUCUACCCUUGCAAGACAGCAGUCUUUCUAGUGACUGGGGUGAAGAGGAAGAUGGGAAUAUCGAAGAGAGCCUUGGUGAAGAUGGCUUUUUGCUCUCAGGCACAGUUGGGCAUCACAACCACACUUGUCCUGUAGAGCUGCACUCCUCAGACAGACAGCCUGAUUCCCCACUCCUGAACAGAUGCCCAUGUGUAGGAAGCACCUCAACACCACGACAUCCCUCACCCCAGCAGACUGGUGGCAGAAAGAACAGGUCUUUGGUACUCCCAGAUAGUCCCAACCUCAGCUUCAUCAGCCCAAAGUCUACAAACAGCAGCCCUAUGUCAUCAGACCUACUGCCUGUGAAUGGUCUGCGACGCACACUAACUUUUGAGGAUGAUGAAGAGGAGGAUGAAUGGGAAGCAGUUGAUCCCCAGUGCUCAAAUCAAUGUUCCACCUUUGAACCAAAAAACCUGCUGAGCUUGUUUGAGGAUUCCAUGGCAUCUGAGCAGAAGUGUCAGAGCUGAGGGGGACUUAGGGUCUUUAGUUACUAAUUUGUUUAGGCCUUUGUGGGUACAUAGCGAAACUCCUCUAAGUGUGUUAACAUAUGUAGCCAGCAUACUGAGGAGGUGAGCUGUGACAUAGAACUAAGGCUAGUUAUGGGGAAGCAGGACUUUUUAAAAUACUGCUCCGUUCAUCUCUUCUCUGCUUGAACCCCAUAGUGAUGCUAUUUUUGAGACUCUUGCAUUCAAGGGUCCUAAGCAGCAUCUGCUGGAAGGCAGUAGAAAGCAAAUAGUUCCCAUCAGAGAUCAUUUGAGGGAAACCAAUGUCCCUCUUUUAUGUGGGGAUGUGGGUUCAAUAUAUAAUGUACACAUUUCUUUUUAAGUUUUGUCCUCUCUUGUUUGCAUAUCAGGGAUAUGCUGCCAUUUGUGUGACUGGGAUAUGGUAACUUUCUCUUCCAUUCUGGAGUUUUACAAAGGUGGCAGCUGUAGGAUUUGACAAUAAAAGCAUUUACAAACUUUCA